AUGUACAACAUGUUUGAUUCUGUGAGAUUUUCACCUCUGAAAAUCAACAUAUUUUCCACCAUCACAUUAGUACUGAUCAUCUUCUUGAUCAUAUUCUUUUCAAACGGCAUCGUUUCGAAUCUUUCCCUCCAAUUCGACUCGAAUGGAAAUGUAAAAGCCCGAGUUCGAAACCAGUUGCACAUUCUCCAGACAGAAGCAACUCAGCUCAGGAUAACAAGUGAAGAACAUUUUACACUUAAUAACAAGAACCCUGAUCAAGAGUUGGAUUUAUUAUUAGCAAAAUCCUAUAACUAUUUGAGCUCGACUUUCGAUUCAAGAGUUACAAAAUUCUUCGGCGUUAAUAAAUGCGAAACUCGGGUUUUCAUGACAUGGUUCUCACACGUGGAUAUGUUCGGAGAAAGGGAGUUUUUCAGCCUAGAGAGCUUACUCCAAACAAAUCCUAAGGCUUGUUUGGUUAUUCUAUCGAGGACUAUGGAUUCCGAAAAGGGAAAAGAUAUUCUAAACCCGUUGAUCGGUCUCGGUUUUCGCGUUCGAGCAAUGAGUCCCGAUUUUCAAGCCUUGCUGAAAAACACCCCUGCUGAAAAUUGGCUCGUCGAGCUCAAAACCGGGAAAAGGGAGCCCGGGAAAAUCCCGUUAGCACAAAACUUGUCGAAUUUGAUUCGGCUUGCAGCUUUGUAUAAAUACGGAGGAGUUUAUAUGGAUACCGAUUUUAUAAUCCUUAAGGAUAUUUCGGGUUUGAAGAACUCAAUCGGUGCACAAAGUGUGGAUUUGAGUGGAAAAUGGACAAGAUUGAACAAUGCAGUUCUUGUUUUUGAGAAAAAACACUUUCUUUUACACAAGUUCAUUGAGGAAUUUGCCUUGAGCUUUGAUGGGAAUAUAUGGGGCUACAAUGGGCCUUACUUGGUCUCUAGAGUGGUUAAUGGUUUGGUAGAAACAGGGGAGGAGCGUAAUUUUACCAUUUUGCCCCCGGAGGCUUUUUACCCAGUUUAUUGGAAUCGAGUCGCGGGCUUUUUCGCCAGGCCCGAAGGCUCGGUUGGUGCGAAAUGGGCCAGGGCGCAGGCCCGGAAGCUAAACCGGUCAAGCUACGCCGUGCAUUUGUGGAAUAGUCGGAGCAGAAGAAUUGAAAUCGAAAAAGGGAGUGUUGUAGAUAGUUUGAUUUCUUCUCAUUGUAUUAUAAGUUGCAUAAAUAAUGCUUCAAGUUAG